UCUCUUUCACAAAACCUCAUAAUCAUUAUUAUGAUAUGAAAUAUCAAUUUAUAUUCAUACAAGGAAUUGUGUGCGGAAGAAAAAAGAAAUUUUGAAAAUGAAGGAACCUCCAAUUUAUUUUAUACAGGUGAAAAUGGUCGUACUACCUAUUUUUAUUUUGAACAAGAGUUAGGAAAGAGAAAAGAGCGGAAGAAGAAGAAAACCCAUAGAGGAAAACCUCCUCUGCCACCGUCCACCGCCCACGACCCUCCUCUUCUCUUUUCCUCCAACUCUACUGCCUUGCAUUUCUGCUCGUUACAUUAACAGACCCAAAACGUUCUUUCUACAAACGAGAGGGUUUGCCCUAGGUACGCACACUAAUCUGUUUCUCUGCUGUACAUGUGGAUUUCUGAUAUUGGGUUACGAUAUUAAACCUUGGGGCUUUACCGUCGUUCAAUUUCUACUUUUUUUUUUUUUCUGUUUUUGAUGUCUACGAAACCCGAUUACAUCGAUUUGAACUCGGAUUCAAGUUUGUUUGACCGAGAAAACGACGUUCAUGGGGUUGAUAUUUCGGAGGAUAGACCUGGUGAUGGGGGUUGUCUAACCGAAACCCUAAAAGAUCCUUUGGACGGUUUAGGUCAGGUCCCGGACGUACCAGGUGACGAGGUUAGAGAUUUUCUAGGGGCUACUGGCUUGGUCGAUUUGAUUAGUGGUUCGACUUUCGGUAGGGUUGUGGAUAAUGUAAAGAGCGAAGUGUUGAUCGACGUGGAGAGGAAAAUGGAGUCUGUAAAUGGAGGAACUGGUGCGGAAACAGAGGUUGGAUCAGCCAGUCAAGAGAUUAAUAAGAAAACGUGUUCUCAUGAUGCGAAUGAGGAGUCUCUGGUUGGUGCUGAACUGGACUUGAAUAUAGAGAGACAGGACGAGGGUAUGUCUACGCGAGAUGAGGAAGAUAUGGUGAUUUCCCAAGCUCCUGAAAUAGCAUCUGGUAAGAUCAAGGAAAAACUGAAAGAGAAUGCAACCACAGUCUCUGGUAAUGCUUUGCAGCCUGCAAAAAAUGGUGCCUUGGGUUCUCUUUCUGUUGAUUUAAAGCCUACUUGUUUGGUAGCGGAUGCUGAUGAAUGUGGUGAAGUUUCCAAGGAUGGGAAUUCGGUUGGAUUGGAAGAAAAGGUUAUGGAAACUGAUUCUGUAGUUGAGAAUGAAGUAAUGCGAUUAGAAGUAGGGUUUCCUCAGAAUGCUAAAAUUGUAUCUUCUGAGCUCAAACUUGUUGUAGAUUUGGAUCCUUAUAUGAGCAGAGAUGAGCAUGUGGCAGAGGAAGUCAAUUUGAAGUCAAGUGUUUCAAAGCCAGAAAUCUGUUUUUCUGAUUUGGUAUGGGGCAAAGUUAGAAGCCAUCCGUGGUGGCCAGGGCAAGUAGUUGACCCAUCUGUUUCAUCAGAAAAGGCAAAGAAAUAUUUUAGGAAGGACAGUUAUUUAAUAGCAUAUUUCGGGGAUCAUACAUUUGCUUGGAAUGAUGUGUCACGAAUAAAGCCCUUUCGGACUCCUUUUGCACAGAUGGUAAGCCAGAGCAGCUCGGAAGAUUUUCAUCACGCUAUUGAUUGUGCCUUGGAUGAGGUAUCUAGAAGGAUAGAAUUUGGGCUAGCAUGUUCUUGUAUCUCUAAGCAAGUGUACAACAAGAUCAAAACUCAGGUGAUUGUUAAUGCUGGAAUCCAAAAAGAAUCAAGCAACCGAGAUGGUGGAGACAGGUUUUCCAGUAUAGCUUCUUUUGAACCUGCGAAGCUUGUUGGAUGUAUGAAGAAUUUGGCUUGUUUUCCUUGUUAUUUUGGAGCCAACAGACUGGAAUUGGUAACAUUGCAGGCCCAGUUGUUGGCAUUUCAUCGAUGGAAAGGUUAUUAUCAGCUCCCUGAAUUCCAAAUGCUUGGUGAGUUGUCGGAGAGUGAGGAAGAGAUUUCACUUUCUGGGGAAACAAAGAUCUGCUUCCAAGUGACUGAAAAUGCUGUUAUGGAACUCAAACCUGAUGAGCAAUUGUCUUCUGGAAAUGGAAAGUCAAGCAGCCGAGAUAGCACUUGUCAUAAAAGAAAGCACAUUCUUGGGAGUAGUACACAGCCCAGAAAAAAGGAGAAAAGCUUGUCAGAGCUGAUUGCAGACAGAAGGUUAAGUAAUAAUGGAGGGCGAUUGACUAAUAAAGCUGGUGGUAAAUUGACUUCACCUUCUUCUGGUAAAAAGCGCAAGGCAGAUGAUUCCAGUUCUGAUGACUCAGUAAUGAAACAGAGGAAGAUCUUUUUAUCAAAGGAGUCUGCUCAUGACUCUCAAAAACUUAAGCAAGCUUUUAGAGUUGGAGCUAGCAUACUUAGGGUGGCAAGCCAACUGAAUGGAUCGAAUCCGAUACUCAAAAACCAUAGUGAUGGUUCAUCUCAAAAAACUGCAGUUAAGAAUAAAGGUAAUGAAAAAUCUCUCUGUGGGAAAUCUCAAUGUAAGAGUCUCAUUCCAAGUGACGACUCUUCCCUUGAUGAGAUGCUUUUACAACUGCACUCGGUUGCAACAGAUCCAAUGAAAAAAUACAGUUUCUUGAAGUCAUUUGUUAGUUUCUUUUCAGAUUUUAGGAAUUCAGUUAGCCUGGAAGAUUCUAGUUCAGCAAAGAUUGGCGAAAAAUUAACCAAGUCAGAAAAUAUUGAAAGGACUGAAUGGAGUGAUAUGGAGGACUCUAAUUUGCCUAGCAGAGUAAGUCAAUGCCUUGCCGAAGAGCAAGUAUGGCAUGAGAAUCAAAGUGGAGCUGUAGAAUUACCCUGGCUUCUUAAUAAAGAGACCCUUCACUCAAAUGAAUCAAAUUUAAUUAGUGUGCAUAAUAACAGUUUCUCCGAACAGCAAUCAGCUGGUGGGAAUUCUCAAUCAGAUGCAAUGCAGUCAGUUGGCCCCUCAGAAGUGAGUUGCAAGGAAGAUGUUCAUGAGACAGAUAUCUCGCCCACAGCUCUGAUUCUGAACUUUAAAGAUUUAGAUUUUAUUCCUUCAGAAGCAAAUUUGAGCAAGAUAUUUAGCCGUUACGGAGAGUUGAAUGAAUCACAGACUGAAGUGCUAAAGAAGAGUAAGAGGGCCAAAGUGGUUUUUAGAAGGCGAGCUGAUGCAGAAACGGCUUUCAGCAGUGCAGGGAAAUACAGCAUCUUUGGACCUUCACUUGUCAGCUAUUGCCUCAAGUACUCGUCUUCUAAAUCAACGACAGCUUCUCCUAAUGCGAAAAUGCCAAGGAACAAGGAUAGAGCUUGUAACGAUGGAAAUGCAGCAUGAUUUAUCGAAAUCGGAAUCAGUUUUCUGCAUUUCGAUGCCUAUGUUAUGUAACUUGUUUCAUGGUGCUCCUCUUUUGAGGCAAUAUGUAUAUAUAUAUUUAGAUGUCAAUGUUAGUUUUUAAACUAGCACUUGUCUGCGUGCAAUAAGCUUGGUUUGAAAUUCUCUAUAAGUAGCUUCUCUAGAAAAAUGAAAUAUAGCUGUAGUACAGUUAAGAUA